CCCUUGCGCAUUUAUGUUGUAUAGCUGGCUGAAUUCGCCGCCCAUUGGCUGCCUGCAUUUUGAAUCCAUCAGAUACACGACACCAUGGUGUAAUCAGUUUUGUUUCGUUAUUGUCCGGGUACGGUUGUAAUAAGCGCUUGCUAGGGCGAAUGUGCGACGGUUUUGAAUGCAUGAAAUGUAAAAGAAGCAAAAGAGAAUUCAAAUGAAAUGCAAAUUAAAAAUAAACAAAACAAAAUUAAGCGAAAUUAAAUCGAAAUUGGAAAUUUUAUACGUAAAAAAAUAGAAUUUAUGAAAAUUCGUGAUUGUUGAGAGAAAACAAAACAAAAAAUAAGAUUUUGGAUAAAUAUCAUUAAAAAUUAUUUUGUGUCUAACAUUGAAAUCAACCCCAUAUUCCAACGUUGUAUGGAAUUUUUUUGUGUGAGGCAGGCGGCCGACACAUCUCUUAAAAGUGUAUUCCCGUGCUGAGGUGUUCGUCGUUCGAAGGCGACGACGACGACGUCGAGGAGGAGUAGCUGGAGAGGAAAGCAUCUAAUGUCUGUACGUUGGUAUAAUAUACAAAACAGCCUGACAGACGAAUAAGAGCUAGACUAUUGUCCUAUGCUCCAGAGUCCUAAUUUUCCGUAUACGUGUGUAGGUGUGUGCGUGCGUUUUCGUAUUUUCUGUGUGUAGAGAAUAGCACCUUAAAAAAGAAAGAAAGAAAAAUAAAUAAUAAAACAAAAAAUAAAAAGAACGAAAUAAAAACACAUAAUACUGAAAUCAUAUUGGAAUAACUUAAUUUUGGAUUACAAAUACAAAACCAACAACAAUAUCAAAACUCAUUGAUGCUCUAUAACCCUCUCAACAGGCUAUGUUCUAUGCCGGUCAAUCUUAAAAACCAUUAAAAAAAUCUUUUGAGUGCCAUUUUCAAAUGGGGAUUUUUUGAAAAACGAAUGUUUUCCAAUAUUCCAAAACGAUAUCGAAUCAACAAUUACAACAACGACAACAACCUUUGAGUGCCAGUAUCACAUAAAAUUAAAGGAAAUCUAUGGGAUUUUCUCAACACCCACCCCAACCGCAUUAAUGGUCCAGGGUUCUUAAGAAGAAUAUACAUUGAUAUUACAUUUGUGUGUGUUCGUGUGUGCAUGUGAGGAAAUCGCGCGUGUAUCUAUUUGCUAUGCAUUUUAAUCCAAAAAUAAAUAAUAACAAAUAGCAUUUAAGUGGUUGUAACGAAAAGGCAAAUAUUGAAAAUCAAUUUAUGUAUUUAACGAAAGGCCAAAAUUUUGAAAACAAAAUUGGAAAUUGUGCAUAUAAUACAACAACAACAACAAAAUAUCUCGUAGUAAGCUCAAUUGGUGUUCGACUAAAUUAGAAUCAAUAACAAAUGGGAAUUUGUGAAGAAAUUUGAAGUGUACUUUUAAGAAAACAAAAAUUUGAAAGAGAAUUGAGCAACAGCAGAUUUUUUAUGGAUCAAUCUACUACAAUUGGAUAAAGGAUUAAACAGAUUUAUCUUUACAAAAGAAACGGGACAGAACAAAAAAGGAAAGCGUGUGCUGUUAUAUUAGCGUGACAUAAAUACACCAAACAGAAUCACCCAAAACAGGAGAACUUUUAAGUACUACCAAAUUUGAACACGUUCCUGAAAAACCCAAAACAACAAAAAUACAUACGAAAACGACUCUCUGGAAAACAUACUCAACGCAUUAUCAACGUGACAAUUUUUUAUUGCUUUGCAAAAAUCCAACAAACACUUAAACAUAUUUUUGGGUUGUAAAUAAUACAAGCAGCAGAGUUGAAAACAAAGAAAAAACACAUCUUUCUACAAAUAGAACAAUAUUAGUGUACUAAGCUUAUAACAUCAUCAAAUCGGAGUGAGAGGAAAGAAAGAAAGAGGGAAAAACUAGCAGUUAUUUGUUCCUAUUGCAAGAGAACUCCUUGUGGAACACCUAAAUGCCAACUCUAGUUUCCGGGAGUAAUGCUGAGCGAGAAGUAGAAGGAACAAUAAAAAAUACCCAAGUGAUAAAUUGCUGCUGAACAUUACAAGACGCUCAUAAAAAGAACUUCACUUUAAGUUGUUGUGUGUUGCAUGUCCUUUGCGGGGAUAUAACAAGGACGGUAGAGGGCCAGGCGAAUUGCAAAAAUUUAAGACUUCCAUUUUUUGGGGGCAAAACACACGCCCAAACUGUGUACAGGAUACUCAAAACACGUCCGUCUACGCUCUCGCUCUCGUGGUAUAUUUAACAUAUUUAAGUGUUCCCGUUUGUCGGUGUCGCGUGUAUCCCAAACAACUCGCUCGUAAUCGCGGUGUCGCAGACCUUGUCCUUGUUCUUCGUCUGUCCUACGUAUUUUCAAGUUGGACAGAAUUGAAACGACAUUGGUUGCAGACUGCAAUUCCUCCUUUCUUUUUGUGAAAUGUUAAGGAUCAAGUUGAAGGUUACAUUACCCCAAUAACAGCAACAGCAACACCAACUGCAACAGCACAGCAUUUUUCAAGACAUUGUACUUGACACUCAACAAGAACAACAACCACGUUAUAGUUUCCGCUUCCGUCGCUCCGAAACGAUAAAACUAAAAUUCCUUGGGACACAUUCGAAACUUGUUCUUGGAAAGAAAACAACAGCAACAACAACACUGCCAGACUUUAAAAUAUACUAUGGCAUACUUCAUUUUCUUGUAUACGGGUUUAUAAAUGUUUGAUAUGAAUUGAGUGCAAAACUGCCAUCACUCUGUGAAACAAAGCACAAGGACUGUAAAAAAAGAGGACAUAAAAAACAACACCAACAAUAGUAAAAAAAUGCAAUUUCGUUUCGGUUAGUAAAAGUGCAAAGUCGCUCGUCGUCGGUUGCCAUUGCAUUUUUGUGAAAUUGCAAUAUCAGAACAAAGUUAUCAAACAAAAGAACAACACAUCAUAUCUUAAGAACAAAAACAACACAAAAUUCCCAUAAAAGUGUAAAAAAAAACAAACAAACAAACUUUAUGAAUUGUAUUCAUCCUUGCCGUGUGCAAUGUUGUAACAAAUUCCCCCCGUUGUAAAACAAACACCAACACAUCCACAUCAAUCCGAAAGAAAUAUGACACAAAUAAUGUCCAGUAGUAGCUGUACAACGAGCUGUGGACGACAGUUUCCACAAACAGCUCACAAGGAUAUCACUAGCCAUUAUCUGCCCCAGCAACGUCAGCAUCAUCAGCAUCACAAUCAGCAUCUGCAUCAUCGAAGUCUUUGGAGUCAUUUGUUUUAUACACGCCGAAGAAUGUCAUUGCAGCGUGUUGUUUACAACUUCGGCUAUUUACUGCUGUUAUUAUGCUCCAUUACAACGUUAUUACCCCAAGUUAAAGCUCAAUAUCAAUCACCCCGUAUUAUUGAACAUCCCACAGAUUUGGUGGUAAAAAAGAAUGAACCGGCCACACUGAACUGUAAAGUUGAAGGCAAACCCGAGCCCACGAUUGAAUGGUUUAAGGAUGGUGAACCCGUCAACACAAACGACAAGAAAUCCCAUCGUGUUCUUUUCAAAGAUGGUGCCCUCUUCUUCUAUCGCACGGUGCAGGGUAAAAAGGAACAGGACAGUGGUGUCUAUUGGUGUGUGGCCAAAAAUCAUGUUGGCAAAGCAGUCAGUCGUCAUGCCACUUUACAAAUAGCGGUUUUGCGUGAUGACUUUCGCCCACAGCCGAAGGAUACACGUGUGGCCAAAGGAGAAACAGCAUUGUUGGAAUGUGGCCCACCAAAAGGUAUUCCGGAGCCAACAUUAAUAUGGAUGAAGGAUGGCGUUCCUUUGGACGAUUUAAAGACGAAAUCUUAUGGAACCACGUCACGUAUACGCAUUGUCGAUGGUGGCAAUUUAUUGAUAAGCAACGUUGAACCAAUUGACGAGGGCAACUAUAAGUGUAUCGCUCAAAAUAUUGUCGGUACCCGAGAGUCCAGUUAUGCUAAACUAAUUGUAGAAGUUAAACCCUAUUUUAUGAAGAAACCCCAAGACUUAACCAUGCUGGCUGGCCAAACGGCAACCUUUCAUUGUUCAGUGGGUGGUGAUCCACCACCCAAGAUUUUGUGGAAAAAGGAGGAGGGUAAUAUACCAGUUUCCCGUGUCAGCAUACAACCGGAUGACAAAGGUUUAGAGAUUUUCAACAUUGUGCCCGAGGAUGAGGGCACCUAUGUGUGUGAGGCUCUCAAUUCGGUGGGUCAGAUUAGUGCCCGGGCCUCAUUGACUGUGCAUGCACCACCCACCUUUAUUGUCAAGCCCCAAGACAAAAAAGUCGGUCUGAAUGGUGUCGCCCUAUUCCCCUGUGUGGCCGAUGGCAAUCCACCACCUUCUGUGUUCUGGACCAAGGAGGGUUCCAGCACUCUUAUGUUUCCCAACAACUCAUAUGGACAUUUGCAUGUUUCACUCGAAGGCACUCUCCAAAUCAACGGAGUACAAAAGGAUGAUGCUGGCUAUUAUGUCUGUUCGGCCUUUAGUGUUGUCGAUUCCACAACAAUUCGAGCAUUUUUACAGGUUACCUCUGUAGAUGAUACCCCACCGCCCAUCAUCCAAAUUGGUCCUUCAAAUCAAACUCUACCCAAGGGCAGUGUUGCCAUGUUACCGUGCCGUGCUUCAGGACAUCCAACACCACGCGUCAAGUGGUAUCGUGAUGGCACCACCCUACAAAGUGGUAAUCGUUAUACCAUUGUUCAGGGUGGUUCUCUUAGGAUUGAUGAUCUCCAACUGAGCGAUUCUGGCCUCUAUACAUGUACGGCUUCAUCGGAAAGUGGUGAAACCUCUUGGUCGGCAACGUUAACGGUGGAAAAGAGCAGUUCAUCAACAUUACAUCGUUCAGCAGAUCCCAGUACCUAUCCAGCACCGCCCGGCACCCCCAAAGCUUUGAAUGUUACCCAAAACAGCAUAUCAUUAAGAUGGUCCAGAAGUCAGGAGAAGCCACAGGCAACAAGUCCAAUUAUUGGUUACACGGUUGAAUACUUCAGUUCCGAUUUACAAACUGGCUGGGUUGUGGCAGCUCACCGGGUACCAGAUCAACAAAUAACGAUUUCCGGUUUAAAGCCAGCAACAUCGUAUGUGUUUUUGGUACGUGCUGAAAAUUCGCAUGGAUUAUCGGUGCCAUCGGGCUUAUCGAAUGUGAUAAAAACUCUGGGCUCCGAAUCCGGCACGGUGCCGCCAAGUGAAAUAUCCGAAGCGCGUGCCGUAUUAAGUGGCAAGGUUGUUGAAUUAAUUGAUGCUGCAGCCAUUAACUCUACCGCCGUAAGAUUGGAUUGGGUUAUGCAUGUAAGCGUAACCGAGAAAUAUGUUGAGGGUCUGUAUAUACGCUAUCGUGAUGUUAGUGCCAACUCCCAACAAUACAAUAUUCUGACCGUAUUGAAUCCUUCAAUUGAGUCACAUGUGGUUGGUAAUUUAAAGGAAUACACCAAAUAUGAAUUCUUUUUGGCGCCAUUCUUUCAAACACUGGAGGGUCAGCCGAGCAAUUCGAAAAUUGUCCAGACCUAUGAAGAUGUACCCUCAGCACCACCUGACAACAUACAAAUUGGCAUGUAUAAUCUAACAGCCGGCUGGGUGAGAUGGUCCUCUCCGCCGCCCCAGCAUCACAAUGGCAACUUGUUGGGCUACAAAAUUGAGGUAACAGCUGGCAAUACCUUGAAAGUUUUGGCCAACAUGACUUUGAAUGCCACCACCACAUCGGUGUUACUCAACAAUUUGACAACUGGUGCUACCUAUAAUGUACGCCUGAAUUCCUUUACCAAGGCUGGAGAGGGUCCCUACUCGUUACCGGUCUCAUUAUUCAUGGAUCCAGCCCACUUGGUGCAUCCGCCACGUGCCCAUCCUAGUGGCUCGCACAGCAGUGUAACUGGACACACCGGCGGUGUGGGAGGGGAAGGUGGUCAUUAUGCCUAUCAUCCCAAUGGGGUGGCCGGCAUGCCUGAUGAUGCGGCCACAACAACCACUCAACGCAAAUCAACAACGGUGGUCCAUGAAACCUGGUUUAUGGCACUUGUCAUAACAAUGCUAUUGGCCAUAUUAGUAUCAGCUGCAGCUGCAAUGUUAUUCUUCAAGAGGCGCCAUCAGCUAACAAAGGAACUGGGGCAUUUGAGUGUAGUCAGUGCCAAUGAGAUAACCGCCUUGAAUAUUAAUGGCAAGGAUAGUUUAUGGAUAGACCGCGGUUGGCGCACCACCGAUACCGACAAAGAUUCCGGCUUGAGCGAAACCAAAUUGCUUUCCAAUACAAAUAGCCAAUCGAAUUACAAUACAUCAGAUGGUGGCACAGAUUAUGCCGAAGUGGAUACAAGGAACAUGAGCACGUUCUACAAUUGUCGAAAGAGUCCUGAAAAUCCCACACCUUAUGCCACCACCAUGAUAAUUGGUGCCUCUUCCACGGAAACAACAUGCAUGAAGACCUCGGGCUCGAGCACAGAUCAAGAUUCGGGUACGCAUUCUCCAAAUUCGGAGGGUAUUAAUCCCCAUUGUGGUGGUCCCAAUGGUCCAGCUGGAAAACAUAAUUAUCAUCAAUAUCCACCAGAACAAAUUAAUUGGUCAGAAUUUUUGCCACCACCACCGGAACAUCCGCCACCAGUACCCUCAUCGUGUGGCUAUGCCCCUGGGUCGCCACAGUCCUCGCGAAAGAGUUCCAAGAGCGGUGGAUCGGGGAUUUCAACGCAUCAAAGCGCCCUGAAUUCAUCCAUACACAGCAGCUCAUCGGGUGGCUUCUCCACCUGGGGCAUGGCUCCGCAGUGCGCCGCCUCGGCUGGUGCCCGCCCUCCACAGGAGAAUUACUACAACAAUCCCUUGCCAUGUGUGGGAAGCACCCAAAAUCGUUAUCAAAUAACUCCAACGGGUCAGCAUCCUCCUCCUUUGCCUCCAUAUUUUCCGCCCGGAGCUGGUGGGACGGCACAGCUACCACCGCGCAAUAUACAUAUCCAUUAUCCAGCGCCCAGACAUGCAAUGAGUGAAUAUCAACCGACCGGUACGCACAACUCGAGAUGUUCGAAUGGAAGAGCCUGUACCAGUUGUGAUGCUUUAGCUUCACCUCUACAGCCCCUGCCUCCACCCGGUGAAGGUUGGUAUCAACCACUACACACAUCUCACAUGCCACCAAAUUCCUCCGCACAUCAAAUCUAUCAAUGUUCCUCCGAAUGUUCAGAUCAUUCACGUACCUCCCAUACAAAUGUUCCCCACGGACAUCAUCAUUCCCAUGGCCAUGGUGGCCACAAUAACCAUGGUCAUAGUCAUCACGGUCAAACAACACCUAAUGGCCAGGACACAAUGCGUUCGGAAAGCAGCACAGAAAAUGGUGGUAAAUCCAGUGGACAUCGAUGUCACAAUAAGUCACGAUUCCCCGAAAUCAUGGAGAAUGAUCAUCAAUUACCCAACAGUUCGGCGGGCUCCUGCACCUAUGAAGUGCUGGGCGAACCAAUGCGUAAUUGCAGCGAAUGUUGCAGUAGUUCACGGGAGGGUGAUACAUGCUCCUGCAGUGAAGGUUCCUGUUUAUAUGCCGAGGCCGGUGAACCAGGUAUGCCGGCAAAUAAUGGUGGAGGUGGUCCACCACCACCGCCAGCAAUUCCCGGUAAACUAAUGGCGCAAAACAAUUGAUAUGCCGCCUGUAUGUCGGCCGUAACGGCAGCAUCAACGGCCACCAUGGACAAUGGUGGCGGUCUGGUAACUGAUGUUGUCAUAUAUUUUUAGUGGCCCUUACGUUUUUAGGAAAGUUAAAAAACAAUUUGUAAAAAAUUAAACCCCCUAACCAACUAAAGCAACAGCCAGCAAACAAACAGGAACUGUAAGUGUAAAUUUUUGCGAAACCUCUAGUUGGUAAGCUUAGAUAUUUCAUAUUAUUAUGGAAUAGGUACACAUAAUACAACAUACCCUAUAAAUAGUUUAUUUUUCAAACGGAAAGCAAAUCGUAUUAGCAAUUCCCGUAACAAAAGAACAUAAUCAUUUGUAAAUUUGACAAGCAUUGAGAUUUUUUCGUAGCCAUCGAAUAGUAAAUUAUUUUAGUAAGAUAAGAUAAGGAAACAUAGACACACACACAUAUACAUACACCCACAACCGAAAUUUUCGAAUGAAAUUGUCAAGGAAUGGUCCUUAAUUCUACAGCCAUUAACCACAAACCUCCACCUAAUGACAUUCAAACAAAAUUAAGGCAUUUAUAAAAUUAAAUAUUAUUUACUUUUUUAUUUUUUUUUCUUCUUCUAACAUUGGCGGGUCAGCCAGGCCACAAUGUGUAAAUGGCGUGUUUAAUGUGAAUUUUUCUUGUUGGGAAAGCCAAAAAAGAAGCAAAACCCCAAAAAAUGUAGUAACUCUUUUUAUAUUGUAAAUUUUUCCCUAAGAGCAUUCUCCAAGCCCAAUCUUUCGUAUUUGAAGUGCUUUUCCUUUUUUUUUUUGUUUUUCAUUUCUGUAUUCAAGGUUCGCUGCAUUUCCUGUUGGUGGUCUUUUGAAAAAUUACCCCCAUUUUAGCUAGGCUCCUUGCAACAAUUGCAUUUGGAAUUGUUAAAUAAUUUACCUGUGGCUGCAUUCGUUUUUCCAUUUCUCUUUUUGGAUUGCCAUUUGUAAAAAAAAGUUCGGAAUGUUUUAUGUCACGAUUCCCUUCCUUUGGGAGGUUUGUUGUUUUAUGUUGAACUCAGGCAACUAUUGUGGGGGAACUAUUUUUCUUUGACGAUUUCUCUUUUUUGGUUUUUAUUUUGUCGUAUUUUUAUUUGCAUUAAAACGACAAUGUUAAUGGUUUUAAUUUAUGUUCAUUUAAAACAUAAUUUCAUAAUGGAAAUUGAAACGAAAUGCAAACAACUUUAUGAUGCAUAUGGGAGCAUGCAAUGUUUUUUUCAAUGGAGUUUUCGUACAACGCUUGAGGAAGUCAUAGGAAUGCUUAAUACCGAGGUUUUUAAAAAGUCUCAAGAAAUAGUCUAGUCUUGAUCUUUCCAAACUUUAUCAAACAGUAACCUUUAGAUAUUUUCUUGGCAUUGUUUUCCUUCGAAUUUUAAUAACUCCUGAAAAUUAGACGCAAUUCGUAGUUUAAAGCAGGAUCCACUCAAAAAAAUCAAUUAUUAAAAAAUUAUGUCAUUGGGAAGUAUGUGAUUUAUAGACAUUAUAAAGUCUUUGCACAGACAUUGAUUUUCACCUAGGAUAUUUCUUACUGAAAAUGUGGUGCAUCGUUCUACGUUUAGUUAUAGCUCCCAUUAAAAAGUGAUAUCUGAUUUUUUCUGCAAAAUUUUAUCCUUAAAUAAAAAAGGGCUUAUGUUUGACAGUGUGUAGCCUCUCCCAGUUGGUAGACUCGCAUGAAUGGAAAAGUUUCCAGCAUAGGUCUACUAUUCUGUAUGGGCCUAAUAUAGCCUUCCGAUUUAUGGUAUAUGGCAUUACCGGCUUUAAAAAAAUGUAUACCAUUGUCACCCGUUCAGUAAAACCCAACGAGUCUGUAAGGAGAGACAAUCUCUUAAAAAAUGUUUUUUUUCUGUCUUCCAUCUUGACAUGUAGCUUUCAAACUCCUUCUGAUAUUUGAUAUUUUGAAGAUUUCAAUCAGAUUUCUCCCUCAUAUCUUUGUCUAAGUGUACGAAAACUUCCCUUAAAAAAGGUACAUGAGAUUUCAUGACCCAACAUGCAUAUUAAGAGUCAGUGAAUUUUGUAAUACAACACUUCUAACUUCAACACUUUGUGUAUUUUAUCAUUUUCCAUCCCUGGUUAUAUUAAAGGAAAACAGUUAAUAAAACGUAGCAUACUUUCAGGCUCAUAUCAUUUCAUCGGUACAGGGAUUCAUAACAUUUUGUUUUUUGGUAUUGAAUAACUUUUCAGUGGGUAGAGAUAUUUUUAUAAGGUUUCUUCUUUUUGAUAUCUACCAACCUGGAAUUUUCGGCCAAUUAAAGAGCAUUGAAAUAUGCAUGCUAGUUACUGAGAAAUUCUAGCCCGUGAAACGCGCCAUGAAAUAUUGUGUCAAACUUUUUUGGGCUUUCUUUUUAUUUUGUUUAUAUUUACUUUCAAAUAUUUGAAUUUCCAUCAAAUUCUUUAUCGCUGUACGAAAUUUUAAAAUAUUCUCUUUUAUAUGAAAUCCAUAUUCAGAACUCAAAUGCUUGAGUGUUUCUCAUGGGAUACUUUGCGCGUGCUAAGUAUCCUUAUGAUUUUAUUAUGCCCUACACCUUGGAAAGGAGCGUAUAUUAACUUUUGUCAUUCCGUUUGUAACAUCCCUAAAAUUCGUCGUUGGCCCCAUAAAGUAUAUAUAUAUUCAUAAUUAGCAUAAAAUUCUAAGUCGAUUUAACGAUGUCCGUCUGUGUGUCCGCCUGUCUGUUGAAAUCACGAUACAGCCCACAUUAUUUGACGUAGAGCGCCAAAAUUUAGCAGAGCAAUUGGUAUUGUGUCUUGGAUGGUUGGAUUUGAAAAUGAGAUCAAUCGGUCCACGUUUUGUUAUAUCACCCAUAUAACGGUACCUCCCGAUAUUUUGAUGACUUUUGCCAUAUAUUUUCACGGAUUUGUCUGAAACUUGGUAUUUGUAGGUCAUAAUGUAGGCCUAGUUCGUAUGGCCAAACAUUAUUUGUAUAGGGCCACGUUUUGGUAUAGCCCCCAUAUAACGGUACCUCGCGAUAUUCGGUAUUUUGAUGAUAUUUGCCACAUUUCUUCGCGGAUUUGUCUAAAAAUUGAUAUUUGUGGGUCCUAAGGGGUUCUAGCUCCGUUGGCGAAACAUUGUGUGUAUAGGUCCACGUUUUUGUAUAGCCCCAUAAAGCGGUACAUUGUGUGUCAUAAUAGGUUCUAAUAUUUCCUUUACCCUAAGGUGGAGGACAUUAAAGCUCGGCCCGGUCGCACUUAAUUUUUUUUACUUGUUUUCUUAUGGCCUCCACCAGACAUAUAGGGGUAUAUUAAGUUUGUCGUUCCAUUUGUAACUCCUUGAAAAAAUGAUUUUAGACCCCACUAAGUAUACACAUUCUUGAUCAGCAUAAUAUUCUUACUCGAGUUAGCUGUGUCCACCCAACAUUGCAAAAAACUUUACAUAUGGGCUCAAGUUUUGUUAUAGACGCGAUAUUCGGUAUUUUGGUUGGUAUAUGGUGUUCGCAAGGGUUAUAACCUCCUAUGACAGAAAAUUGCUUGAACAGGUUCAUGUCUACGUAUAGCUCCCAUAUAUAAUUGUACCUAAAGAUAUUCCGUAUUUUGAUAAUUUAUAUUGCACUUUUCGCCGGAAUUGUUUCAAAUUUGGUAUUUGAUCUUCGCAAUGGGUACCUCUUCCUACGACGGAAAAUAAUCUAUCUAGGUCCACAUCUUCGUAUAUCCUCCAUACCUUUCGAUAUUUGAUAUUUUGCCGAUUUUAGAAACCUUUUUUAACGGAAUCAUCUCAAAAUUGGUAUUUGGAAUCUACAAUAAGUACAGAAAAUUUACCAUACAGGUCUACGUUUUCGUAUAGCUCCAUUGUGUCUGUACCAUCCGAUAUUCGAUAUUUUAAUAAUUUCAUAGGCCAUUCUAGAAUUUUUGAAAUUUUGCAAGUUCCUUCCAAAAUUAAAAGAUCGGCCGACCUUAGUCGUUUACUUACUUAUUCGACCCGGCUUUUUCACUGAAACCUAUUUCUCCAAUACCAGGUCAUGGGAGGGGACUCAAUUCCUCCCGUAUGCUUCGUUUCUUAGGAUAAUCUCAACUUUAUUAAUCCUACUUAAAAAGAAAUGUAAUUGCGUACCCUCCAAGAUGUAGCUUAAUAUAGUGACUGACACUUCAAGAGUAUUCCUGACGAUUUCAUUUCUGAGUGACCAAAAGUACGGACACUAACUCAAUCACUGUGGAGAUAUCACUUUCUGUCAUUAAAGAAAGCCAAAAUUGGUGGGCAGAAAACAAAUACCUCCGCAAAGGAAGGGUUUAGUUAGACACGACGGAUCCAAGACUUAAGCAUACUUCAAGAGGAGUUUUGAGGGAGGAGAUUAGGAAAGCCAAAAUUCGCGGACAGAAAACAAAUACCUCCGCAAGAAAGGAUUUGUUUAGACACGACGGAUCCAAGACUUAAGCAUACUUACAGGGGAGUUUUGAGGGAUUAAUUUUCAAGUGACGCAGGAGCUUUGGACACAUCUUGGCCUUGCCAAGGCAUAGUGGCGCACAGAAAACAAAUACCUCGGCAAGGAAGGAUUUGUUUAGACACGACGGAUCCAAGACUUAAGAAUACUUCAAGAAGAGUUUUGAGGGAUUCAUUUUGACGUAGGAGCUUUGGACACAUCUAGGCCUUGCCAAGGCAUGGUGGACCCAAGAGUUACGAAUAAAUUAAAGAUGUUUACAACUUCCGAAAGAAAAGUUUGCCAAGACAAGAUUAAAAUCUAGGCACUUCAGGGCUUAAGUAUCAUUAAUUCUUAUUAAUAUUCUUCACAUCCUUCUCUUCGGUAUAAUUGUAUUUCACAAUUUUGUUUGAAUGUUCUCAAAGUGGUUAUGUGGUUAUUUUCAAAUUUCCUUUCCCCCAUCUACAAAACUGUUGCAUCUAACUGUGCCAUAAUGUAUAAAACGAAUGUCAUAAGAAAAUCAAGGACCUCUUUUUGAUAGAAUACAACAAAAUACUGUCAUUUGAAGAGAAAAGGAAUAAAAUGAACACACUAGCAAAAAAAAAAAAAACGUGUAAAUUUAUAGGAAGCCAUUUUUCCCCAGGUGAACAAAAACAAAUGGAAACUCAACAAAACUGAACUGUGUUUUUUAAAAAGAAAUAUAUAAAAUUUAAAUAAAUACAAGUUGUAAUGCUAACUAAUUACAAUAAUAAAAAAUUAAACAAACUACUCUAAAAUGACCUUUAAUUAACGAAAAUUAACAUACAAGAUAUAAGGGGAGAUGGAAUGGCUUAAGGCAAGUUUUCAUCUCCUUUGCAUUUGAACAUGAUAAAAUAAUAGUUUUGGAUAAAUUUUCUAAAACAAAAUGUAAACAUGUUUUUUUUAUGUUUCGUGUGUUCGUUCUGAAAACAAUAAUAAAUUAGUAAUGAAAAUUAAAACAAUAAAAAACACCCUCACACACAAACUGCCCCAACCUUCCCUCAAGUAAAAAAAAAUGAACUAAUCCAGAAAGCAACAGAAAUACGUAAAAUAUAAAAUGCAUUACUUUCCAUUACCAGCCACCAUUGUGGAGCGGUGAUGGAAGCAACAAGAACAAAAUACUUUUUCGACCAGCAAUUAAAAACCAUUAUUUUUUGGGUUUGCUUUAACCAAAAUAUUUUUCAAAAGGCUUUUUUUAAUAAAAUAAUUAAUGAAAAAGAAAAAUUAUAUAUAUAUGAAAAAAACACUGAAAAUCAGCAACAAAAUAUGGUUAGUGGCUCUUAAAUAAAAGUGAAACAAAAUAACAUUUAAGUACGUAUUCGAAAUAAUAUUUAAAACAAAAGAACUUACGAACUACUUAUUAAAAUGAAAUUUAAGUUAAUACAAAGAGGUUAGGUGCAAAUGUGGGAGGAGGGUAAAUUAAUUGGAAACAGUGGUAUGAGAAUUUGAAAUUAAUUUUUUAAGGAUUUUUAACGAUUUGAUUUGUCACGUAGUUCCGCCGAAGCUAAAAUUGCAGUCGCAGUUGAAAACAAUAUAAAUUGGAAAUUAGAAAAAAUUUUUGUAAUUUUUUUUGCAUUUGAAGCUUAAUUAGACUACAAAUCUAAUUUUUUAUGACAUUAAAGAGGCGAACACUUAAUGCCCAUUAAACUUCAUACCGGAAUUUUCAAACAAAUCUGUCAUCGUAUUAUUAAUAUUCUUCUGAAAAAUGAGACGCAUAAAAAAGAAGGGUUUGUUGUUUGCCUAAAAGUAUGCUUAGAAAUGUGAAAAUUAAUUAUUUUCCCAAACUUCAAUACUUUUGUAUGUCACAAAACAUAUUUUUAUACCCUCCACCAUUCUAUGGAGAGUAUAUUAACUUUGUCAUUCCGUUUCUAACUCCUCGAAAUAUUUAUAAUAGACCCUACAAAGUAUAUAUAUUCUGGAUCAGCGUAAAAUUCUAAGACGAUCUAGUGCUGUCCUUCUGUGGAAAUCACUCUAGCUUCCGAACGAAAUGUAGUAGAUUGAUAAAAUUUUACUCAAAUGUAUAUUAUGUCUGCAGGACUUUCGGUUUCGAAAAUGGGCCAUGUGGGUCUACGUUUUGGUAUAGCUCCCAUAUAACGGUACCUCCCGAUACUCGGUAUUUUGAUUAAUUUAGUGACAUUAUUCACCGGAAAUUUUUCAAAUUUGGUAUUUGAAGUUCGAAAUGGAUAUUACAGCCUAAGACAGGAAAUUGUCUGUGCAUGUCCUCGUAUAGCCCCCAUAUAACGGUACCUCCCGAUAUUCGGUACUUUGUUGAUUUUAGCGACAUUAUUCACCGAAAUUGUUUUAAAUUUCGUAUUGGAAGAUCUUAAUGGGUAUUACAACUUAUGGCAAAAAAAAAUCGUAUGCAGGUCCACGUCUUCGUAUAGCCAAAUUACGGUUCCUCCUGAUACUCCAUAUUUUCAUGAAUUUUGCGACAUUAUUCACCGUAAUUGUAACAAAUUUCGUAUUUGAAGUUUGUAAUGGGCACUACAGCCUAUGACAAAAAAUUUCGUAUGUAGGUCCACAUCUUCGUAUAUUCCCCAUAUAACGGUAUUUUAAGGGGCAGUUUUCGGAUUUUUUUUUAAUUUUUCAAGUUCUUUCCAAAUGAUGGAGAGUAUUAAAAGUUCGGCCCGACCACUGUUCCUAAUACCUUCCCUCUCCCCAAUAUUUAAAUAUUAACCUCUUACCUUAAAUUUUGUACUACAUAUUUAAAACUAGAAGAAAAAACUAAAAAUGUACCUGUGAUAUACAUAUUUCAUCGUGUUUUUAAUUAUAAUAGUUAUUAUAGUAAUUAACAAUAUUUUGUUUUUUUUUGUAUUUUUCAUUUAAUUUUUAUAAAAAACAUAACUUUCCUUAAUUUGUUUUUCAAGUUCGUUUUUUUUUUCGUUUGUCAUAAUGUUCUCAAAUAUUUUAAGUUGAAAUAUUUUUAAUAUAGCAAAUAAAAAAAUUAAUAGAAUAAGAAUAUUAACAUUUAAUAACAGAAACAAGCAAAACAAUACGAAAUCGAAAUUAUUAAAAAGUUUUAAUACAUGGAAGCGAAACAAAACUAAUAGAAAAAAUAUGAAAGUUGCAUAACAAAUUUCCAAUUAAAUGGCAUUUUCUGAUAAGUAAAUUUAAACUUAAUUAGAGAAUAUAAAAACUAAAAUAAGUUAUAAAUUAAAAAAAUAAAUCAAUAAAACAAACAAAUUAUACUAAAAAACCAAGGCAUUUAUGUUAAUUUAAGCAUAGCCAUUAAGUAAAUAAUAAUAAUAAAAAAACACAAAAACAUUUUGUAAAUAUAACUAAAUUUUAGAGUAAUUUAUUACAAAAAAUAAACUCACACAGACACAUGAUUAAAAAAAAUAAAAA